GGGGUGUGGCUGUGAACCAAGUUUCACUCUUAUUAGGCAUGAGCAACUUGAUCACCACAGAUACAAGUUGAACCACCUGUUCAGGUCUGAUUGAGAGAGAAAAUGUACACUGGGGGAAACACGAGUGACGAUGUGGAAUAUAUGGACACUUCAGAUACACCAUGGUGCUGGUACUACCUGGCCGACUGUGGAAGGUGGCACAGGUUUGAGGGUGACACAGGCAACCUUGCCAUCAGCCAGUACAUGGAGAGGUGCUACCAAACAGACUCAAACGGGGUUUUAAAGAUGGCGACAGACACUGGUGGCCAACAGAUAGAUUUGGCAGCAAUGUUACAGACUGACCUUACAACAGGGAGACAAAGAAGAAUCAAACGGUCCUACCUAUUUGAAACAAGGUGCAGCUGCUUUAUUUCUGUCCCUGUGUUUUGGGAAAUGGUUGAUCCCACGCUGCCAUAUCAGUUAAUCCGCCUGAAUGAACUCACCCCUGAAUAUCAAACGGUGGCAGAUUAUGUGAAGAAGGAUGGGCUGUUGAACCAGAACAUCAUCUCAAUCAGCAGGAUACAAAACAUAGACCUGUGGGAGAUGUUUUGUAGGAAGAAGCAGCAGUUCAUGAGGAUUAAAGGUGUCAAGGAAAUUAAAGAAGGAAGGCUGUUUCAUGGAACCGACAAGAGCAACGUGGACAGUAUUUGCACAUACAACUUUGACCUUGGAUUAGCGGGCAGAGGUGCCCACCUAUUUGGAAAAGGGAUAUAUUUUGCAAAAUAUGCUGCAUAUGCAGACAAGUACAGUCGAGGAAACACUGCUGCAUUGCCACUGUACGGCGGAGCCCCCCAAGGUGUACAAGGCCGGCUAAGCAAAGUAAUAUUUUUGGCCCGGGUGAUUAUUGGACGGUCAAAGUUUGGGAAAAGUGAUUUUCAGAAACCUGAUCAUGGCCGUUCAGCAAAUGAUCAUGACAGUUGUGUGGAUGAUAUCAUGAACCCUAAAAUCUUUGUCAUUUUUAACCCUAAUCAAAUAUAUCCUGAAUAUUUGAUUGAGUACUCUUGAACCCAAGAAAGGAUUUGUAGCAAGAGCGACAUCAACGUAUUUACACUGAAACAUCUGAAUGCACUAUUUCAUCAUGAUACUGGAUGGAUGUUGUAUCUAUAACGUGGGGGACCAUGGAGA